UAUCAUUAAAACGCAGUUUUUCACCCAAUCGAAUUGAACUACGACUGCGUUCACAAACUCAUCAAAGAAGACACAUACCUAGUUUCGCCUAGACCGCGUUCCAAGACUCAUCAAAAUCCGCCCGCCUGCGUGAUGACGUCACGACAGGUCCAAAAGAGACGAACGGCACCGUGACGUCAUUAACCCCGAUCAGCUGUUUUCAUCUCGGUCGAUGUCUGUCUGCUCCGGCCUGUCUUACGACGCUACGCACAUUGUUCCCGCGGUCGAAUGGCAAACACGGCGAGCAACACAGGGUGGAGCUGACGGCAAAUUGGCCGCAUACUACGCGCGUCUCCGCGCGUUUCUGCACGGGAAGCUGUUAUGAAACCGGGGCAGAGUAAAGCGUGUUCAAAUCCGCGACCCUAGGACGACGACGUUUGACCGCCUGAUAUCGGUUGAGAGGGGAAAAUGGGGCAGACGCUCAGCGAGCCGAUAACGAAGAAGAAGUCCGCCUGCUGCCGGGACAAAAACUACCGGGUGGGCAGCUCCUGCAUGCAGGGCUGGCGCGUUAAGAUGGAGGAUUCGCACGUGCACAUACUUUCCCUGCCCUACGACCCGGGCACCGCGUUCUUCGCCGUGUACGACGGACACGGAGGUGCGGCCAUGGCGCAGUACGCCGGGAAGCAUCUCCACGAAUACAUCAUCAAGAGGAACGAGUACAAGGAGGGCGAUAUCGUGACGGGUAUACAGCAGGGCUUCCUGGAAUUGGACAAGGCGAUGCAGAACAACGCCACGCUCAGGGACGAACACGCCGGGACGACCGUAAUCGCGAUUCUCAUCAAGGAUAACAUUUUGUACAGCGCCAACGCGGGCGACAGCAGAGCGGUGGCGUGCAUCAACGGCAGGGCGGUGCCCCUCAGUCGCGACCACAAGCCCACGCUGAAGGACGAGCGCAAGCGUAUCGAAGCCGCGGGCGGUUUCGUCGAGUACAAGAGAGUGAACGGCAACCUGGCGCUGUCCCGCGCCCUCGGGGACUUCAUAUUCAAGCGGAACGACCGUAAACCGCCGGAGGAGCAGAUCGUGACCGCGUUUCCGGAGGUGCAGCAGUUUACCAUCGACAAGGACUGGGAGUUCGUCGUUCUCGCGUGCGACGGCAUCUGGGACGUGAUGACUAGCGAAGAGGUGGUGCAGUUCGUGAGGCCGCGCCUGGCGCACGCGAGAAACAGCAACGACGAGACGUCGGGCCUCACGAUACACCCCGAGGAGAUCUGCGAGGAGCUACUCAACUGUUGCCUGGCGCCGGACGCCCUCAUGGGCACCGGCUGCGACAACAUGACGGUGAUACUCGUGUGCUUUCUCCACGGCAAACCGUGCUCGCACCUGGCCGCGCGCUGCGAGAAACCGCCGGACGCGGAUGCGUAACCGUUCUAGACUCUAGCGACAUUUUAUCGUGUUUUACUUAAAUUAUUAUGGACGUCUUACUUUUGUCCUCGUGUCGGUACGUGACUUUUGAUAUAGAUAUAUCGUUGUGCGACACACUACGCAACGCACUGGCUCUAUUAUAAAGUGACGAAACAUACGUGUUUAUAAAAUACAUUGUAUUUAUAUUUUUA